GCCAUUCAUCACAACUUGUUGCAGUGUUUGUUAUCUAUUUAUGCAGACAAACAAAUCAGGAGCUUCCUCGGGUGAUACUCCUGCUGUAGCAAGUUGAACAACUCGACUCGAGAAUUGAAGAUAAUUAGAAGCGAGCAUUAGUAUGAUGAUUCAUACAUGAGUAAGUUGCUACUGUAACUGGACUGAGACUAGCUUGUUGCUUGGUGUUGGAAUCAGUUGGUGUUAGCCUUGUACAGUGUUUGGGUGUGAUAAAAGUCGGCUCCAGCUUGCUGUCGUCUAUUAGACGAUGGCGUAGGAUAAUGUGCUGGGAAGAUUAAUGGUCGAUCGACAGGUGGAUACAAUGUACACCAAAAUGAGCUCGGACAAGGCCCGAGGAGCGCCUACCGAGCUGAUGCCGAGUAUUAUGGGCGCCUUUGACGCGAUCAUAGAAAGCAACAAAUCUGGAAACACGCCCCGAAAAUCGCCACAAGUUGGAAACUUCGCCAAUCUCUCCCCCUGCGUCCAGAAGAUUCUAGCCAACAUCCCCGACCAAGAGCUCAGCAAGCGCUUCAACUCGGAGGAAACCCUGGGACCAAGACGCGGCAACAGGACGUCGAUUUACAGGUCGCUGCGGUCGCCGGAAAAGCACCUGAACCGGAGCAACGAAUCGCUGGAUAUCAUUUCACCAAACGUGCAAAAAAUGAUUUCGAAUUUUCCCGACGCUGAGCUUGUGCUGCCAAGCAGUGAGAGGAGUAAGCCUAGUCGAAACGGCUCGUUUUUGCACUCCAAGAGUGACGGGACGCCGAAAAUUUCUCAAGACUUUUGUGUGAAUAGUGAAUGUGAUAGUUUGAGUGUUGGGGAAGCGGACUCCUGUGACGGUUUUAGUUCCAAGCCGCUCGGGUCCUACCUGCACACCUCCCACGGGAUCGCCUCCAGGACCCCAGUCGGGAGGAAGAACAUGGGGAAGUACCUCCAGGUUCCGAGUGAGACAAGUGUGGGCACAAGCAGUACGACGUCGUCGGAGGUUUCCCGCCCUGUUUCGCUCACAAGCCUGGGGUCGUGUUCGUCUAGCGGCAGCAGUGGCCCCCAUCAGCCCAGUUCGGCAUACCUUGCCUCUGCCGAAAGCCUGGACAGCGACCCCGAGCCCACCGGAAGCCAAGGUUCGGCAGACAGUGGCAUUGCAGAGCAGCCAACAAUGAGUCCAGAGGCCCGAGUUCUGCAGGAAGUGUUAGAUACAGAAACCGUAUACGUCGCCGACCUCAACGAGGUCAUCCAGGGCUAUUUGGUGCCGUGGAAGGAAGACCCCGACUGUUUGCUGUGCGAGCAUUUGCCUCACCUAUUCAGCAACUUGGAGGAGAUUUAUAGAUUCAACAGGUCGUUCCUUGAUCAGCUCCGUGCCGCUGAUUUCAAUCCGACAAAAAUCGCCAACGUCUUCAUUCAGAACGACUCAGGUUUCGCCGUUUACAACGAAUACUGCACCAACUAUCCUCGCACAAUGGAAGUACUAAGCGAAUUGACGCGUGAUGAAAAGAUGGCCUCUUUAUUCCGCGAGAAGCAAAUGGCUCUAAGUCACGCUUUGCCUUUAGGCUCGUAUUUACUCAAACCAGUCCAAAGAAUACUUAAAUACCACCUUUUGCUCCAGAGGCUUUCGAAGCAAUGUGAUACGGAUCAUAAGCCGGCAGUGGACUUGGCUUUGGCCACAAUGACUGCAGUCGCGUCAAGCAUUAACUCGAUGAAAAGGAAGCACGAACAUGCAGUUAGAGUGCAUGAAAUACAGUCGCAGCUUUAUGGGUGGACGGGGCCGGACCUCACCACCCUUGGCGAACUGAUCGCAGAGGGAACGUUCAGGGUUAAUGGGGCUAGGGGCAGAAGGCAUGUCUUUCUCUUUGAUAAGGUUUUACUCAUGGCCAAGAACAAGCAAGAUGGGGCUCUAGCCUACAAGUCGCACAUUGAGUGCUCAAAUUUGAUGCUUGUGGAGCAAGUACGGGGCGAACCCUUAUCAUUCCAAGUCCUGCCUUUCGAUAACCCCCGAUUGCAGUGCACUCUUCGGGCGCGGUCGCCCCAAAACAAGCGAGAGUGGACGCUCCAAAUCAAAAGAGUCAUUUUAGAAAAUUACAGUGCUGUUAUACCAAACCAUGCCCGUCAACUGGUCAUGCAACUGGGCCAAGAUGUUCAAGAAACAGAAGAUACAACAGAAAAGUGGUCACCUUUGAACAAAAACUCGACCCCGCAUUACCUCGAACGCCGAUCAAGAGUGCGAAAAUCUCGGGACUUGUCCAACCGUCGCGCUUCGUCCCAAGACCGCGCUUUCCCAUCGCUGGGCAGCUGGCGGCGGAAGUCCGAGCCCAGCAUGGGCAUGAUCCCGCAGUACACCGCCAAGACCAUCCCCAAGAAGAUUUCCAAACUCAAGAAAGCCAAAGAGAGCGGUGCUAAAUUCUACACGGACUUGUCCGAUUCGGAAAACUACGACGUAAUCGGGGAGUCCAACGAGAGUUUGGCGGUCUCGCCGAGUGUUGACAGUCCAGACCGGUGCGAGAAUGGCGGUGAGGAGCCGCCGAAGAGCAACAAUCUGGAGAAGAUCGUCACCGAUUUGCUGAUGCAGAAUGAAGAGUUCCAAAAAGCGCUGAACAGGCAAAGGAGGACGCGGGCCAGUGAACCCGAACCACCGACGUGGUUUGAGGACGAGGCUAGACUGAAGUUACCCAGUAAGGCGGAUUCUUUGCCCAGAUCUUUCCAACUCAAUGAUCAAAUCGACGACGAUAAAAACAAAAACCAAUAUCACGUUUUGGAUGAGUCAUUGAAAGAGAAUCCCGACCCUGAUGAGCAACACGAAAAUGAUCUCGCGUCUCAACUCGAUGACACCGACUAUCCGGAACACAAAAUAUACCGCAAGACUGCCAUUCGCUUCAGUUUACUGCAACGAAUUCGGACGCUCAUGUCCGAGGAGGAAAAGCGCACCACCAAGUACCCCUUACACAAGCAAGGCUCAAAAAGCAUGGGCGAGAAAAUCGCCCAUCCCGAUUACGCCGACCCGCAGAAACUUUUCACCUCGUGUAGCUCCAGCCGGACGAACCUAAACGUCGAACUAUCGGAAUGCGAAAUGAUGAAGGAGCCGGAACGCUUAGAUAUGACAAUAAGUGAAAAAGAAGUACUUAACGAAUUCGAGAAGCGCCUUAAUGAUAGUACAAAACUUGCACCAGACACGGGCCAAGAUGACGAGUUAAAUGGUUCUAGUCAGAGCGAGUUGCUAGAACAGGAAAAUGUCAAUUCUAGUCAAAAUUCGGAUAGUUAUUAUGAGAGCAUACUUGAGAAGAGUCUAGUUGAGGAGUAUACGAAGGACGAGAACGGGCGACUGGUCGCCAAACAGGACAGUUUUAAAGGUAACGAGAACUGUUUCUACGUCCAGAAGUUCCGAUCGGAGAAGGAGAAAACGCUGAGGGAAGUGAAUGGCAAUGGCAAAAGUGCAAUCAAAAGGCCCAGCAAAGCUCCACCGCCCAUUCCCGUCAAACCGAGCAGAUUGGUUAUCAGUACAAAGAACAUUUCAAACGUAAUCAUGUCAACGGAGACAAUAAAGUCGGGUACAACCAACAUCCAGAAACUUUACAUAGAGCAAAGCAAAACUAAAGCUGACUUAAGUCACGAGACGAGAAAUGUGAACGUCAGUGAGAAGAGUUGGGUGAAGGCAAUGGUUGGACGAUUCGAAUGACACAAUUCAUAAUCAAACUUUCCCAUGUGCUAUAUGUGGCUGUUCUAGUUUUAUCCUUGUUCGUUUGAAGAGUGUUUAUGAUAGUUGAUAAAAUAUUUAUUUUUAAAUACAAAGCAAAACAAAGGAAAUUAUUGUACAGUUUUAACGCUACGGUUAAAAAUGUAAGCAUUUUAAACUACGUAUUUACCAUAGUAAAUUAAACGUGCCAAAUGGGUCCUUAUUUUCAGGACCUUUUAAAUUAUUUGUUAAAGGUAGCACUAAUUUUGUAAAAGUAUCAAUAAAUAUUUUCAAUCUUUA